CCUCUCCCUCUCUCAUCUCUCUCUCUCUCUCCCUCCCUCGUCCCUCUCUCUCUGACUCAGUCUUCCUCUCGUCUCGCUUCCAGACGCAUCAAACCAGCAAAGAUGAUGGAUGAAGAAGCUACGAAGCGCUACGUCCGGCCCACAGAGGACGGGCCGCACCAGAACCCAGCUGAGGUAAAACCCGAAUCCACCAGAACCCUGAAGCCCCGCCCACCACCGGAACCGGCUGUUGCCAUGACAACAGCAGCUUCACUGCAGUGCUCCCCCAGCCACUUCAAGUGCCGGUCCGGCCGCUGCGUCCUGGCGACCAAGCGCUGCGAUGGACACCUGGACUGUGACGACCACAGCGACGAGGACAACUGUGGCUGCUCUGAGCGCGCUCUGUGGGAGUGUCCCGGCAGCACGCUCUGCAUCAAGCCCUCCAUGAUCUGUGACGGGUUCCCAGACUGCCCCCUGCAGGUGGACGAAGCCAACUGCUCGGUCUGCAGGGACAACGAACUGGCCUGUAACAACCACCAGUGUGUCCACCGCACCCUGUGGUGUGACGGGAGGAGGCACUGCUCCGACAGCUCCGAUGAGUGGAACUGUGUCUCUCUGUCGGACCGGUCCGGUUCUGUUCUGACCGUGUUUAAGACGGCAGCAGAGUACCAGGUGUGUGCCGACGAGUGGAACCCGGAUCUGAGCAGACUGACCUGCGAGCAGCUGGGACUAGGGGCCCCCUCCUCGGUUUCCAUGGUACCCGACCAGCCUGGAGCGCCGGCCCGUCGCCGUUGGUUACACGUCCAUCCAGACUGGAACCUCAGGAACGGUUCUGCCCUGCAGGCCCGACUGGAGAAGAGAAGCCACGCCUGCCACUCCAGGAGGAGAGUUUCGGUCCGAUGCUCCAGAGCAGAGUGCGGUCUGCGUCCGGCGCUCCGCCCUCACAGGAAGAAGCGGAUCCUGGGGGGCCGGGUGUCCAGGCGCGGGGCGUGGCCCUGGCAGUGCUCGCUGCAGAGCGGUCAGAGCGGACACGUGACGGUCCAUUUUCUACUGCAGUUCUUUGGGUUUUCUGUUUGCUCCCAGGCUGGAUGUGAAGUUGGGUUGGACAUGUUGGACAUGUCUAAAUGUCCAACAUGUCUCCACUGGAUCACUGACCAGAUUUUCUGGUUUUACAGUCAAACUGUUUCUAAAUGCGAUAUGAUUAUUGAUUAUCUAUCUGAACCUCCUUCAGGCUCAGAUUCAUUUAAAUUUAUUUCAGUUAAAGUCAGAAGACAAAGUCCAGCUGGAUGUCAGUCUGUUGUCUCUGUCCCUGUCUGUCCUCAGAUGAGGACGUUGGACUCGUCUUCGUCCUGCUGGGUCAGAGUGAAGGAUCGACGUCCAAUUGGUUUCCUCAACUUGCUGCUAACCAAAGCGUUCCUGCUGGUUCUGCUGUUCGGAACCGUCUGGUCCAUAACGGGUCAGGAGUGUCUUCCCGGAGGGAAUCUGUUUGGGAUCGUGGUCCUGUUCAUCUGCUCCGUUCUGGGAGGGAAGCUGCUCGGUCUGAUCCAUCUGCCCACGCUGCCCCCCUUCCCUCCACUGCUGGGAAUGCUGCUGGCCGGCCUGCUGCUGCGUAACGUCCCAUAUGUCGGCGCCGCCGUCUUCAUCAGCCCCCACUGGUCUGCAGCGCUGAGGAACGUGGCCCUGUCCGUCAUCCUGACCAGAGCCGGCCUGGGCCUCGACCCAUCGGCGCUGCGCCGCCUCAAAGCGGUGUGUGUUCGUGUGGCGGUGGGGCCCUGCGUGCUGGAGGCCUGCGUCGUCGCCGUGGUUUCUCACUUCCUGUUGCACCUGCCCUGGAUCUGGGGCUUCAUCCUGGGCUUCGUUCUGGCCGCCGUGUCUCCGGCGGUCGUUGUUCCAUCGAUGCUGCUGCUGCAGAGGGAAGGAUACGGCGUGGAGAAGGGAAUCCCGACGCUGCUGAUGGCUGCUGGCAGCUUUGAUGACAUCCUGGCCAUCACUGGAUUCUCCACCUGCCUGGGAAUCGCCUUUUCCACGGGUUCCACCUGGAUGAACAUCCUCAAGGGUCUGCUGGAGGUGGUGGGUGGAGUCGGAGCCGGGCUGGUGCUGGGUCUGCUGCUGUGCCUCUUCCCCAGCAGUGACCAGGAGGACCUGGUGCUCCGCAGGACGCUCCUGCUGGUGGGGUUCUCCGUGUUCUCCGUCUUCUUCAGCCAUGUUGUUGGCUUCGCCGGCGCCGGCGGCCUCUGUACGCUGGUGCUCUCCUUCCUGGCUGCUCUGGGCUGGAAAACGGACAAGGUGACCAACGUCCAGGAUGUUUAUCUCCUCUGCAGCCUCCGACCUAAAGUUAACGUAUCUCCACCUCCUGAUGCUCCACAGGAAGAAACAAUGGAAAACCACCAGAACCGGUCUGGUCCACCAGAGCCAGUCUGGUCCACCAGAACCGGUCUGGUCCGGUCUAACCGUCCCUCUGUCCUCCAGGCGGCGAUCGGCUCCAAGGCGUUGGACCUGGCGCGGGACGAAGGCGAUGAGACCUUGAUCCAGUUUGGUCUGGACGUGCUAACGCUAGCGGUGCUAGCUAUCCUGAUCACGGCUCCCAUCGGGGCGCUGGGGAUUGGACUGGCUGGKCCGCGCCUCCUGGCCCGACAGGUCAAAGCAGGUGAGACGGAGAGGGAAGCCCCGCCCACCAGCCCUGACGCACCUGCUGAGGAAAAGAGUCACGUGAUCACUGAGAGCAAAGUGUGACGGUUCUGACCGGUCCAACYGAUCGGAACCAGCCCAGUUCUCCCAGCAGGACAAACCCAUCCGAAGUUUUGACAUGUUGGAUAAAACAGAAACAAAAAUCUCCUCAUGUUCCUGGAWGUUUUCUUCUUUAUGUUUAAUUUUUAUUGUUUUCUUUAUAUAAAGAUUUAUUCUGCUCUCAGUAAAAAAUUACUAAUAAUUUGAGCACAUUUAGUGUUUAUUAUUGGAUGUUUUUAACUUUAUUUUUAUUAUUUCUGCUGAGGAUAAGAAAUGAACUUUGUUACUGAUGACAGGAAACAGUUUUAUUGUGAAGGGAACUACAGGAAGUGGAGUCGCUCUGCGGUCAGGCUGAGGCUGAAGCUGCAGGCGUCUACAGGAACCGAUUCUGGGUCAGAACCUCUCCGUCCACCAGACCAACACCUCCUCAUUUAAAACACCCUGAGAUCAGAACCGGGUCAAACUGGUACCAUGUUGAGUAAAACCAGGCAGGAGGACUGAGGCUGUUGGGAGAGGGAGGUCCACCAGAACCAGCUCCUCCUACCAGGUUCUGUGUGAAACCAAAGUUCUGCUUUUGUAACCAGAACUGGACCUUUGAUGCUGCAGCAAUAAAAACUGAAUUUAAUCUAA